GGUGGUCAUCAUGGGGUAAUAAACUUGGAGGUUGGGAGGGAGGGGGUAACUUCGGAGUGGCUGACUUGUUGAUGAUGAUCGCACCCCCAAAAUUCCAGGUCCUCUCCCCUCCUCAUUGCUCCAUGCAUUUUACGCACCUUGGAAGCAAACAAGCGUAAUUGCAACCAUGAGGAUCGCUAGCCUCGCCAUCCAGCUGCAACUGCUCUUGCUGAGCAUUGCCGUGCAUGCCCAGAUCAGCUCCAGGGAUGGUGACAUCUCCAGUGAAUUGGGUCCCUUGCUGUCGAGAGACGCAACCAUCACUCUUCCCUCGUCGCCGAACUGGCCUCCCUUGCUUGUGCGGGCCGCCUCACCUCGCAUCCAUCCCAACUAUGUGGCUGUCGUCGAGGUCGCGACCGAAGGAGAUGUGCAACAGACUAUCCUAUAUGCAAACCGUCAUGGAAUGCCCUUUCUGGCCGUCUCAGGCACUCACGGGUGGCCGUCGACGCUGAACAACCUGGAUGGCGGCAUCCAAAUCAACAUGCGCAAGCUGAACCACACCAGAGUGCACUGCGACGGCAAGACGGCGACUGCUGGCGGCGGCGUGAUGCAAUAUGAGAUCACGGCGUCUCUCUUUGAGCAGGGGAAACAGGCUGUCACGGGUAUCUGCGAGUGUGUCUCCGCCAUUGGACCCCUGCUUGGCGGCGGCCACAGUAUGCUCCAAGGCCGACAUGGCUUCGCUGCCGACAACCUGAUCUCGGCGCGGCUCGUGCUCGCGAACGGGAGUGCCGUCACUGUGUCUGCGGAACAGAACCCGGAUCUAUUUUGGGCCGUUCGCGGUGCGGGACACAACUUUGGCAUCGUCACGAGCUUCGACCUGAAGCUGUAUGAUGUGGCCGAAGGAGGAUGGACCAUGGUUGCCUUCAGCUUCACUCAGGACAAGCUCGAGGCCUUCUUCGACACGUGGAACCAAGUCGAGGUUGCCCAUGAGGACCCCGGGCUACUCGUCCUGAAUGGCGUCAUGGCUCGGGACGAUAGCCUCGACACCGACCACCCGGUCAUCAAUCUUCAACUCCUGUACGAGGGAGAUAACAACGCUGCAGCUGACGACUACGCCGCAGCCUUCCGGGCCCUUGGGCCAGUGGCCGAGACGACAGUCACAGACAUCGCCUGGGGAGACUUGUUCGAUGUAGGUGGGUUCGGGCUAGAAAGUCCCGUGUGUCGGAAGAACGAGAACAUCCUCGGAUAUCCGAACUCGUUCGCCCAGUGGAAUGGCAGCGCGAUGCGGCGAGGCUUCGAUCUCUUCUCGGAAAUAACAGCCGACGAGACGUUUUCCACGUCGGCCUGGCUGCUCGAGUCGUACGGCUGGAACGGCGUGCAGGCGGUGCCCGAAUCCGCCAACGCGGUGGCUCCCGAGGAACGUAGCAACCACAUCCUCACGUCCCCCAUCCUGUGGUGGCCAGGCGAUGACGAGCAGGACAGGCUGAAGGCGAUCGCAUAUGGCGAGAAUAUGCAGAAGGCCGUGAGAGACGAGGGCUCUGCGCCCCAUUCCUACGUCAACUAUGCCGUGGGCAGCGAGGAGCUGCAGGAGGUGUAUGGGCAGGAGGCGGCAAGGAUUGAAAAGCUGAAGACCCUGAAGAGGGCUUGGGAUCCUGAGAACCGCUUUGGGUUUUACAUGCCUAUCCAGCCACGCAGCUAGAAAGCACACUCCCUCCAUGCCUUUCUCCUCUUCCUCCCCCUCUCCCUCUCUGCCGCAGGCCAAUUAUUAGUUUAUUACUAUUCAGAUAAAACCAUCUUUAGUUGGCCUCUGCUGUUGGUCACCAUCGUCCAAGGUAUAGUUGACUCCUCCCCGAGAGUUCUCAAGAAAAGCUGCAUUCCCGCACGUGCUGCUGGGUUGGGUUCUUCUUGUAUAUCUCAUAGCGAUCAAAGUUGAUGUAGAAAUUCUGAACCUGCU